CUUCUGCACUCUUGCUGAAAUUGGACGGAGUAGCCUAGUCUAGGCACAGUCGUCUUCGGUAGCCUAUCCCAGAGUCCGGGAGGAUAGGAGGUCACAGUCAACUUAUCUGAAAGACUGACGCGCAAGCAAACUUUCUCUGGAUUUAACCUGCCAACCGGAGAGAUGAGCUUUGAAAUAUCGGAGCUCAUUCCCUUCCUGGAGGAGCUGAACUUCACGGAGCUGAACAACACGCACUGGGACAUCUGCCCGUCGGCGGUGGAGCGCGGCGCCCUCCUCCAGCUCAUGUGCACGCUCUACGUCUUCAUCUUCGUGGUGGGCCUGGCGGCCAACGCGCUGGUGGUGUGGGUGAACGUGCGCACCGAGCACGGCCACCGCCACCGCCACGAGACGCACCUGUACAUCCUCCACCUGGCCGUGGCCGACCUGUGCGUGGUGGCCACGCUGCCCGUGUGGAUCGCCUCGCUGGCGCAGGGCGGCCACUGGCCGUUCGGCGAGGCCGCCUGCAAGCUCACGCACCUGGUCUUCAGCGUCAACCUGUUCGCCAGCAUCUUCUUCCUGGCGUGCAUGAGCCUGGACCGCUACCUGUCGGUGGCGCGCUGCGGGGCCGAUGGCGGCGGCGGCGGCUCGUCCACGUCGGGCCGGCGGAGGAGGGAGGUGCGGCGGCUGGUCUGCGCCGGCGCCUGGCUCCUGGCGCUGGCCGCCUCCGUGCCGGACACCUACUUCCUGCGGGCGGUGCUGGUGCCGCACACCGACGUCACCCAGUGCUGCCCCGUCUACCCCGAGGGGAGCCAGCCCGAGUGGAUGGCUGCCGUUCAGAUCGGCUUCGUGGUGCUGGGCUUCGCUCUGCCCUUCCCGGUCAUCGCCGUGUCCUACGUGCUAUUGGCCAGAGCCCUGUCUUCCCCUUCCUCCUCCUCUUCCUCCUCCUCCUCCUCCUCCUCCUCCCCUCUGGACCACGAGCGCAGACUGAGCCGCAAGGUCAUCCUCACGUACAUCGUGGUGUUCCUGGUGUGCUGGGCGCCCUACCACCUGGUGCUGCUGAUGGACGCCCUUAUGCUGCUGGGCCCGCUGCCGCGCACCUGCGCCCUGGAGAACGCGCUCUACGUGGGCAUGAAUCUCACGCAGUGCCUGUCGCUGCUCCACUGCUGCGUCAACCCCGUGGUGUACAGCUUCAUCCACCGCCACUAUCGCUACGACCUCAUGAAGGCCUUCAUCUUCAAGUACUCCACGCGCACGGGCAUCGCCCGCCUCAUGGACAACUCCAACGGCGGCGAGACGGAGUACUCGGCCGUGGAGAACCCCUCACAGCUGUGAACCAACAGGCGGAGAACCUCAGGGUUUUGUUUUUUUUUGUUUUCUCACGUUUUCCUCCUCUUAUUCGUGCCUUAUUGCGCUCUCUGAACAAAGGUGCUGCUAAGUCGCUUCAAUUCAGGGUGGGUGCCUGUAGGGGUAUUGAGUCUUGAGUAUUGAGAGCAGUAUUGAGUCUUUAGGGUUUAGAGGGAAGAGAAGGAGAUGGUAGCUCUUUAUUUACAAAUGCAUUGUUCAUGCAUUCAUGUUGGCGUUAUAAACUGCUGUUACUGGUUGCCUUAGAAGAAUGGCAAAAAAAUCAUCACAAAUGCACUUAUUAUAAAGCUUUUUUUGUAUAGAGUUUCUGUUUGAACAACUUUUCUGUUAAAAGCCAAAUGGAAAAGUAUAUCUAUAUCAAAUUAGGUGGUCAGCCUGGAUCGUUAAGAGAGAUUGUUUUGUUCUGACUCACGCUAGAGUUAUUUGUAAAAGCUGCCCAUCGAAUGAAAACAAAGGAAAAUUAUCAGUAAAUCAUCAACAAACACUUGUUUUUUUUGUAAAUUCAGUACGCAUUUGAAUGUGGUUGUGUGCUUGUUUGUUUAUGUAUUUAUGUGAAGAUCUGAUCAUUCAUUCACCAUUUCUACAUCAGAUGGGCUGUUCAGCCUUGACUAUUAUGAGACUGUUUUGUUCUCACUCUCACUGGAGUUAUUUGUAAAAGCUGCCAAUUGAAUGAAACAGGACAAACAAAGGAAAAUUAUUUUAAAUGUAUGUAUCAACAUACACUUGUUUUUUGUGAAUUGAGUAUAAAAUGCAUGUAAAUGUGGUUGUGCGAUUGUUUGUCUAUGAGAUGACCAUUCAUUCACAUUUGAAAGUGUGGUUACAGUGGGGGCUACAAUUACAUAAAACCUGCCUCUGUGAAUAUAUUUGCUUGUAUCCAUUACUUAUAGAUGUAUAUAUUUUAGAUUUUCUAUGUAAUUUAAGUAUGUUGUCAUAUUUAUGUAUUCUUUUGAGUGCCAUGUUUUAUUGAUCAUUACAUUCUCUUGAACAUAUUUUGACUCACUGCAUCAAACAAGAGAACUGUAAUUUGUCACUUUGAAUUAAAUUGAAAGUACAAUAAAAAAAAUAAAUAAAAAAAAGCAACAGCUUUGAAGCAUAUCUA